GUAACCACAAUCCUCCAGUCAGUGACUCUCUCUCAGCUUCAGCCGGUGACAUCAGGAGUGCCACACUGCGCCUGUCAGGUGUAACAGAAGCCAUCAGUCAACAUGAACCCUGCCUUGGCCCUGAGCGCCGUGGUCCUCGUGCUCCUGUCCCUCUCCACAUGGGCUCGUGCUGAACCACGCAGGGUGACGUCAGCACGAGGCAGAUCCCCGCGCGCGCCUGCAGCCAAAGUGCGACUGGCGGGGAGUUUUCAACGAGGUCCGAAUGAGGGUCGUCUGGAAGUCCUGCACAACAACACCUGGGGCACCGUGUGUGACGAUGAGGUGGACAUCAAACUGGCCAAUGUGGUGUGCAAAGAACUGGGCUUCCACAGCGCCAUCACGUGGGCACACAGCGCCAAGUACGGAGAGGGAGAGGGUCCCAUAUGGAUGGACAAUGUUCGCUGUGAUGGCUCUGAGAAAACCCUGAAGGACUGCAAGCACAACGGCUGGGGGGUGAACGACUGUAAACACUCAGAGGACCUGGGGGUCGUGUGUGCCCCUGAGCGCAGGCUGGACCAAACAGCCAGUAGGGGGCACAGUUCUCUGAGGACCAAUCUGAACCCUGCGCCUCAGUGGCAGGCCCCAGUUUCCACCAGAAGACAUCCUGCGUACGGCUACUAUGGAAAUGGACAUCCAUAUGAAGUACCACAGCUCAACAGACCCUAUCAUUACCAGGGUCAUAGUAAGGUCCGCAUUGAGGAGGUGCGCCUCCGUCCUGUCCUCAUGGCCACCAAGAGAAAGAGCUUGAUCACAGAAGGCGUGGUCGAAGUGAAGCAUGCUGGGAGAUGGAGGCAGGUGUGUGACUUGGGCUGGAGUCUCAACAGCAGCAGAGUUGUAUGUGGGAUGCUUGGCUUUCCAGAGGCUGCCCAGCACAACGUCAAAACAUACAAGAAAAUAUGGGAUACAAAGGUCGCAGAUCCUUCCACAAGACUGAGCAUGAUGGCAAAGAAGAAGGGUUUCUGGGUCGAGAAAGUGCACUGUUUGGGCACAGAAAACACUUUGUCUGAAUGUCGCGCUCAGCUCUCCAUCCCACGCAGUCCCUCCCCCUGCAAUAAAGGCAGACACGCGGUGGUCAAGUGUGUCCCGGGACCCCAGUUUGCAAGGAUCUCAUCUGGAAGACCGCAAGCUCCUUAUCCAAUCGUGCCGGUGCGUCUGAAGGCCGGGCCCAGACUGGGUGAGGGUCGCGUGGAGGUGCUCCGAGAUGGGAAAUGGGGGACGAUUGUGGAUCACAUGUGGGACAGGACAGCGGCUACCGUGGUGUGUCGAGAGCUGGGAUUUGGAACCGCUCAAGAUGCGCUACAUGGAGCUUUUAUGGGACAAGGGACUGGACCAAUCCACAUGAACAACGUCCAGUGUAUGGGCAGCGAGCGAUCUAUUCUAGACUGCUUCUUCCAGGAGGUGCAGCCGUGGACAUUCAAACACAGCCAGGACGCCUCAGUACGAUGCAACGUGCCAAAAACCGGCAAUGAAAAAACGGUGCGUCUGGCGGGAGGCCGGGUCCCAUCCGAAGGCCGGGUGGAGGUACUGAUGGACGUCGGAGGGAGAAAACGCUGGGGAUCCGUGUGCAGCGAGAACUGGGGCAUCAACGAGGCCAUGGUGGUGUGUCGGCAGCUCGGGCUCGGGUUUGCUGCCAGCGCUCAUGAGGAGACGUGGUAUUGGCCCGGCGACCCGAGUGCAGCAGAGGUGAUCCUCAGUGGUACUCACUGUGUCGGCACAGAGCUUUCCAUUCAGCAGUGUCGCCGUAACAACCACGUGCACUGUCCCAGAGGAGGCGGGACAAAGGCGGCCGGAGUCACCUGCUCGGACACUGCUCCUGACCUCGUAGUGGACGCUCAGCUUGUUCAGGAAACCACUUACCUGGAGGACCGGCCGCUGCACCUGCUCACCUGCGCCAACGAAGAGAACUGUCUGUCCUCCUCGGCCGCCCGCAUGAACUGGCCCUACGGACACCGCCGCCUGCUGCGCUUCUCCUCACGCAUCAUGAACCUGGGCCGCUCCGACUUCAGGCCCAAAGCCUCAAAGGAGAGCUGGACCUGGCACCAGUGUCACAGGCACUACCACAGCAUCGAGGUGUUCACACACUACGACCUGCUCACGCUCAACGGCUCCAGGGUUGCCGAGGGACACAAGGCCAGUUUCUGUUUAGAAGACACUUACUGCCCUGAUGGUGUUCAGAAACGGUUUUCCUGCUACAACAUGGGUGACCAGGGCAUCUCUGUGGGCUGCUGGGACACAUACCGCCAUGACAUCGACUGUCAGUGGGUCGAUGUGACCGACGUACGCCCAGGGGAUUACAUCUUCCAGGUGGAGGUGAACCCCUCAAUGGACAUGGCCGAGUCUGACUUCAUGAACAACGUGAUGAGAUGUCGCUGCAGAUAUGACGGACAGAGAGUUUACAUGUACGGCUGCCAUGUUGGGGACGCAUACAGUGCAGAGGUCGAGGAUCUGUUCGAGCAUCAGAGACAAAUCACCAAUAACUUUGUGUAGGACGUCCAGCGCUACAGUUGAGUUCGGUGGCGUGGAAGAGGGAGCAUAAGAACACUCAGGGGGAGGGAUUCACA